ACCAUAUUAGGAAAACAUGUGUUUAAUGUUAAUGAAAAGAUUGACAGAACAACAACCCACAGUGAAAUCAGUCAUGGUGUGGUUGAAGGAAGGCGGCUCACAGUGGUCGAUUCUCCUGGUUGGUUCUGCAUCAACACCCUUCAGGAAACCAGUGAGAUGGAUAAACUGGAAAUAGAGAACAGUGUGAAUCUGUGUCCUCCAGGACCACAUGCUGUGCUGCUGGUUAUUCCUGUGAUGAUGAACAUUGAUGAAUCAUAUCUGAGAUCUGUUCAGGAACACAUGAGUCUGUUUAGAGAAGAAAUCUGGAAACACACACUUGUUCUGUUCACCUAUGGAGACUGGUUAGGAGUGAAGACUGUAGAGGAGCGAAUAGAGAGUGAUGAAGGUCUGCAGUGGAUAGUGAACAAGUGUGAGAACAGGUAUCAUGUCCUGAACAACAAGGACCACAGUGAUAAGACUCAGGUAAAGGAACUACUGGAGAAGAUUGAAGAGAUGUGGGCAGGAAAUGAAGAUCCUUACUAUGAAGUGGAGCUGGACCGAGCAGCAGAGCUAGAAACCAAGAGAGAGACUGGAGACAAGAUGGCCAGAAGGUUGAAGACGAUCAAUGAGAGAAAGACAAGAGUCCUGAAAGGGAUGUUUGAAGACGAGAGACACAAAGUCACUGAAAUCAAUAUUGUUCUUAUUGGCCACAAAUGCUCUGGAAAAAGUAAAGCUGGAAAUCUGGUUCUUUUCAACAAGAGCUUCAAUAUAAACUUUGAGAGAGCUUGGUUGAAAAAGAACAAAGAAGAUCAGAGAGAAACUUCAACGUGUGUGAAACAUGAAGGAAACUUUGAUGGAGUAAAAGUCUCAGUUGUUGAAACUCCAGGCUGGUUCUCAGACCCAACACCACCUGACUGGAUCAAAGAUGAAGUUCUCCACAGUGUCUCCAUGUGUUCUCCUGGACCUCAUGUUUUUCUCCUGCUUGUUCCCAUCUUCAGAUCUUUCACAGAGAAAGAUCUCAAAGCUCUGCUGGAGAUCAUGAAGCCAUUAACAGAGAGAGUGUGGAGACACUGCAUGGUGCUGUUUACCAGGGGAGACUGGAUCAAUGACGUCCCUGUAGAGAAUUACAUCGUCAGAGAGGGAAAGGAGCUCCAGGAGCUUCUGGAGAAAUGUGGGAACAGAUACCAUGUUAUAAAUCCUAAGAGUUCUGAUGAUCCGGUUCAGUUGAAAGAGCUGUUUCAAAAAAUGUUUGUCAUGGUGACUCAAAACAAGGGAUGGUUCACAACAAAACAUACAAAAAGAGAACGUGCAGAUUCGGAUUCUACCUCUGCAACAAAACAAUGCAUGCUGACCGAAGACGAGUGGAACAAACGGGAGCAGAACCUGAUAGACAAAAUGUUGGAGGCUUUGUCAAAUGAACCAGAGGAACCAACGGUACCUUUUACAGAAACAUCAAGUAGCAUGGACGAGGGCUACAUGCCAUCCAUGAGUGACGAUAAGGACUCAGAUUGUGGGAGAAUUAUAAAGUUUGGGAAUCUACAAUUAUAUGACCAGGUUCCUGAAUGGCUGCAGUAAAGUGCGAGACCAGCUGAGAUCAGCUCUGGGGUUUUACCCUCCAGCAACUUUUACUGAAACAUUGAAGAAAGUCUCCUAAUCUAAUGACAGAAAAAGUUUUUUCACUGAAAGGAAAAACAAAAUGAUGUCAGCAUGUUCUCAAACAUCACAAAGAGGCUCAACAAUGCACUAACUUUAAUACGCAGGAUAGAAAAUAAAACUGACAUCUGAGCUUUAUUUGAAAUCAUUAACAAGCAUAAGUAUUGCAGUGCCAACAUUAUUGUGUAAAAUAAGUUGCUACAGAGUUGAUAUAUUGAAAUGUAGUUUACUGUAAAUUGUCAUUGUUUUAUUAAUUAAAUUUUUUGUGUCCAAAAUGAAUGUAUAUCAGAAUAUUUAAAAAC